AUGUGGGGAUACGGACGAAAUUUGAGGCCGGGCGGGGCCGGGGGCCGGGCGGCGAUCCCUGACAGCGUCUGUCGCUUGUCCGCAGAGGACGGGGAGCUCUACAAGGCCGAGGAGUGCGACCUGGACUACAGCAGCCGGCCGAGCCGCAGCCCCGACAGCGAGCUGCCGGACGACGAGGAGCUGUGCAGCGAGGAGAGCGGCAGCACCAGCAGCAGCAGCGGCGGCAGCUCCGGCCCGGCGGCUCCCGGAGAGCCCGACCCGGGGCCGCUCCGAGCAGAGCCGGCCGAACCGGGGGGUGUCCCAGCCCCGCCGCCCCCACCGCCGCCCCCGCCGCCGCCGCCCGUCGGGGCUCAGCCCGGCCCGCAGGCCAAGCCCAAGAGGAAGAGGACGGGCUCGGACUCCAAGUCGGGCAAGCCCCGUCGGGCGCGGACAGCCUUCACCUACGAGCAGCUGGUGGCGCUGGAAAACAAGUUCAAGUCCACGCGGUACCUGUCGGUGUGCGAGCGCCUCAACCUGGCGCUGUCGCUCAGCCUCACCGAGACGCAGGUGAAGAUCUGGUUCCAGAACCGGCGCACCAAGUGGAAGAAGCAGAACCCCGGGGCGGACACCAGCGCGCCCACGGGCGGGGGCGGCGGCGGCGGGGCGGGGGGCGCGCUGGGCGGGGGGGCGCUGCCGGGGGGGCUCAGCCCGCUCAGCCACUCGCCGCCCAUGGGCGCCCCGCUCUCCAUGCACGGCCCCGGCAGCUACGCCGGGCACCCGGCCGGGGGGCUGGUCUGCGCCGCACAGCUGCCCUUCCUGCCCAGCCCCGCCGUCCUCUCGCCCUUCGUCCUGGGGUCCCAGACUUACGGCGCCCCGGCUUUCUACACCCCGCACCUAUAA